AUGUUUGUCCCAUCUAAAGAUUACAUAAAUGUUUUACUCUACGAGUUUCAUAAAGGUGUUAAUGCAAGUGCGGCAGCAAGAUCUAUUCAGGGCACUUAUGGGGAUGAUGUAGUGAAUAAAAGAAGUUGCAGGAGGUGGUUUUCCCGUUUCCGAAGUGGUGAUUUCACUUUGAAAGAAGAGCCAAAAGAGGGUCAUCCAAAAAAACUUGAUUCCAAAAUGUUGGAAGCCCUUGUUUCAGAGAACCAUACCGUUACCACUAGGGAACUUGCAGAACAGUUAAACGUGGCCCAUACAACCGUGGUACGCCAGCUAAAACACAUUGGAAAGAUUUCAGUGGCUGGAAAAUGGGUCCUUCACGAGCUGUCUUCAGAGAGUCGACAACAGCGUGCUGCUUGUUAUCAAUCAUUGCUUUCGUGA